UCUCUCGUCAUCUUUCCCCUUCGUCGACGUCGUUGACAACGUUGGCAACGCCGGACCUGGCCCCCUCCAUCAUAGUGCUACCGGUUCCCAUAUACACCAUGUACCUCACAGCGACUUUCGCUCUUCUCCUCGCCUCUAUGGUCCAGGCGCAGGAGACCAUCGUCUUGAAUGCGGAGCACAACAUGACCGCCAUUACUGGCACCUGGGCAUCGGGCUACGGCAAGGUCGUCACUGGCCCGGGCUUCGCCACGCCAGCAAACGCAUCAUUCACUUAUCCCGACGUCACUGGUGUCUCCUACUCCUUCUCGGAGGACAUGUACUACGAGGUCGCUCGCUACCGUUUCAACUCGAACGCCUCGCAGCCGAAUUGCAUCACGGGCGUGAUGAGCUGGGUCCACGGCCAGUACAGCCUCGAGACCAAUGGCACAAUCGUGCUCACCCCGCUCGGCGACGGCUACCAGCAGGUCCAGGACCCCUGCGCCGCCGAGUCCAACUUCGUCGAGAACUUCAACUACACCGAGCUCAUCACGCGCUGGACGAUUGACCAGGACGUGGACCGCGGCUACCGCCUCCGCCUGUGGGACUACGCCGGCUACCCGCUCCCGCCGCAGUACCUGCUCUCCACGACGCCGAACAUGCUCCCGAAGACGCGCCUGCGCGAGGUCGCGAUCGACCCGGACACGCUCCUCACGCAGCGCAAGCGCGAGGUCGACCUGACGAAGCGCGGCGCGGGCGAGCACGGGCGCCGCGAGCUCGGCUACCGCGAGGAGAACGCGGCCGAGUCCUGGUUCCGCACCGCGCUCGACAAGAUCUUUGGCGGGAGCAGUCAGAAGGACGAGUGAGCGCGCGCGCGCGCGGACCCGAUGCUGCGCACGGGGGACGAUACCGCGCUGACGGAGGGCGCUCCUACGAAUGCCCGCCAUGACCCUUUUCUCUCUUACUCUACGCAUAGUAUACAGGACAGACGGACCUUCUUCGCUAGCACAUGGCUCGUAUACCCAUCAGCGCAGCUGCAUGCUGUCUCCGCGUUCAGUGCUGUGUGCCGGCUGUGUGCAGUGAACCACGCUCCUUACUUGUAACGACUGGCCGCUGUCCUGCUCGCUCGUGUACUAGUGCUGAUAUAUGCUAGACAGACAUUGGUGGGUAUUCGCUCGUUAGUAAUCCAGCAAGUAAUGGUUCGGAA